CUGCCACUGCCACUGCCACUGCCACUGCCCGCUUGAUCCUCUACCUCCUCUCCUCCUGCAAGCGGAGUUACUUGCAGGUGCUUCACAAGAAGAUGCGUGUGCUGAGUUGAAGAGUAGACGAGAUGAACGGGGCCUCGGUCGUCCAUGAGCUAGUGUUUCCUUUGCUCAAAUCUUGGCUCAAAUAGUACCCCUCUCUCGCCAUUUCCAUAUCCAAUCCAACCCAACGCAUCCCAUUUUUGAUGCUGAAACCCCGCCGGAUGGAGCUCGAGGCAAAUACAAGAGUGGAGGAAUAGGCACGCUUCUUCAAGCUGAAGGGCGCAGUGUAGUCAAUCGGAUUCUUCGGAUGGGCGGCAACAAGCUUUAGCUUGGUAGAGUGGGAGGGAACUGCCGCAACUUGCAACGCCUCUUCCUGUGCCCACAUUAGCAUGUUUCUUUCGGUCACUGGGCACAAGUAAAGCUCACCAGAACUCAUGGCCAUGGCCGCAAGCAUCUGCAAGAAGGAUAAUGUCAAUGGCAGUGGUGGUGGUGAUGAUGUUAGUCUUGGUGGUGUUGAAGGAAGCUGGAGGGGAACCAGCUAUGACGUGAAAGCCGGAGCCCAGAUAGCAACAUCGCGCCUCCUCGAAAAACUAAAAAGUCAACUGCCCCCAGACAUUCUCCACCAAGUCGAAAACGUGCGAUUGACCUCGACCUCGACCUCCAAUGGAUCCAAGAUAUAUUUUCCCUGUCCCUUCAAGGAGACUGAAGCCAUCAUUGCUCUCAAGAGCCUGGAAGCGGGAGUUGUCGCAGCGCUGGCAGAGACGCAGGGUGGCGACAAUGUAUCGAAUGGGGACGUAGAGGUGGAGGGGAAGGCUCACAAGAAACGCAGUAUUGCGAUCAAUAUGGAGCUUGCCGCGUAACCAAAUCCGCCCGAGAAAAAGAUCCUACUAAUAUGAUGAGUAGAACUUUCCUGUUUUCCACCUACAUAACUACCAUUGCAGGUAUGGGCAAGCAAGAUCCAGAGGUAAAGGCAAAGCUGAAGGAUACCGAUCUGCUUGCCGCGCAAUCCAUCCUCUAUCGGAGACUCUCUGCCAAUCUCUAUGAGACCAAGGUCCCUGGCGAAUACUUUCAUAUCCAUGGUUCCCUCGAGGCUGGAAAGACUUUGAAUAUGAUCGGAUUGGAGGCCCAUCGCCCAGAUCUGACCGACUACCAUGAAUGUAUUGCAACAAUCGAGAGUCAUGUCAAGGCCUUUGCAGCUACCGAACUUGAGCAGAUGAAUGCGGAUUUGGGCCAAGCGGGAGUCACUGCGUUGAAGUGGGAUGAAUUCAAGCAGACAGAACAUGUCAGUACUGCAUCCAGCGAGUCCUCUGAUGUCAAUUACCUGAUAAGCCAAGGGUUCAAUAUUGCUUUCUCUUCCGCCCUUUCAAUUAUCGAGGAUAGAUGACCCCUCACCUCCAGUCCCAUUGCCUUCAAGUUUUUCCUCGUCUAGCUCGAACCCGCAAGUGCUGUCAGGGUCUCGGGUUCUCGAGCUUUGUCGGGUGAUUGCUGGGCCUGCCAUGGGGAGGACUCUAGCAGAGUACGGUGCGCAAGUCAUAAAGAUAACGUCCCCGAAUCUCUCAGACGUUCCCUUCUUUCAAGUGGAUGGGAACACAGGCAAGCAUACUUGUGACCUGGAUCUGAAAUCCUCCUCAGGUCGACGAGUAUUCGAAGAACUAUUGCAGACCGCUGAUGUAGUCCUCGAUGGCUAUCGUCCUGGUUGCUUGAAGCGACUCGGCUAUGGCCCUGAACAGAUUGUAAAGUUGGUUGAGGGGAGAGGUAAAGGCAUCAUCUAUGUUUCUGAAAACUGCUUCGGUCAUCAAGGGCCCUGGCAAGAAAGACCAGGUUGGCAGCAAAUAGCAGACUGCGUCACUGGAGUGGCGUGGGCACAAGGAGAGUUCAUGGGUUUGAAGGAACCUGUCGUACCACCAUUUCCCAUGAGUGACUAUGGAACUGGGUCCCUCGGGGCGAUUGCCGCACUGCUAGGGAUUUUUCGAAGGGCGACAGAGGGUGGAUCUUGGGUGGGAACAACCUCUCUGUGUCAAUAUGACAUAUUCUUGCUAGAACUAGGUCUGUAUAGCAAGGACAUACAACGAACACUUCGGCAAGAGCAUGAUGAAGCAUUUUUCGGUCUUCGACACUCCGACAGUGUUGAUGAGGUGGGGAAGAGAGCGCUUCUUAGUAUGCAAAGAGUUCAUCCGGAGCUGUUUAAAGAUUCAUUGAUGCAAAAAGCUUUCAGCAAGGGUUUCGGGGAAGAAAUCAAGUGGUGUAGAAGUCCAGUCAGCAUCGAGGGUUUGCGGGUGGGGUUCUCGAGAGCCAGCAGACCCAACGGGUACGACGACGUGGCAAGCUGGAAUGAUUGGGAAGUGGAAGACGCAAUACUCACGGGGUAGGUCUAGUGCAUGUCGGAAGGGGAGGCAGCAGCAGACGAAUAGAAUGGGUUGAUGCUUUACGAAAUGCAUACAUACAGCCUGCAAUGCAUUUCAUUCUGCGUUUGUGUCAG